AUGAAAAGCAGAGAAGAUUCAGUGUCUAUAAGAAGUGAUGAAGAAUCGUUAGAUUUAGAUUGUAGAAUUAUGAAACCAAAGUUUAAAUAGCCAGAUUAUGAUACAUAUUAAACAGAAACUAAUACCUCUGUUUAUAAAAGAAUAAUGGAGAUUAAGUCUAGUUCAAGUGAAUAUAAAUUUAAAACAUGUCAUGAAACUAUUUUAUCAACAAAUCAAUAUGGAUGUAAUAGAAAAUCAAGUGAUUGUUAAUUUUAAGAAUUCAAUGAAUAAUAAUAAUAAACAAAUAACUAAUUCAUAAACUAAAAUUUCGAUAUUAAUUUAGGUAAAGAUAAAACAAGAAAGAAAAAAAGUAAAAAAGGAUCUUUAUAUUCUGUAUAAAGUUAAUCUCAAUCUCCUAUUUCUAAUAAACAUUAAUAAAUCUAAUUAUUAGAAACAUAAUCAAAAAAAUCUCAAAAAUCUGUCAGCAAAAGUUCAACAGUUAAUCUAUCAAAAAAAGGUAUGUGUAAUUCUUAAGAAAAAAAGAUUGGUCAUACUUUAGAUUAUCAACCAAUCAAAUAAGUAUAGCGAUCUAAUCAUAUGUCCCAUUAAUUUGAUUAAUUUAAAGAUCCAAUCUAAGAUAAAAUGAGUAUCAAUUAAUUGAAUAGAUAUUCUUUGAAUGAGAAUAAAUUAGGAUAAAUGUAUAGAAAUACAAAUCAUUUCUUACUUACUGCAUCAUAACCAAAAAGUAUAUUAAAGAGUAAGUCUGUAUGUAGUGAAAGUAGUAAUGGAGAGAAUAGUAGUAAAUACAAAUCAAUGAAAUCAUCUAUAUUUAAGAAAGUUACAUUCGAGUCAAUCAAAUAUUAAAAUAAUAUGAAAUAAUCUCUUCACAAUUAAUAAUAAUUGAUUAUAAUAUAAUGA